GCGCAGGUGAGUCACAGCCCCAGUGGUUGAUUGAGCUCAAUUCGGGAGACACGUAACCAGGGCGACGCGGAGGGCAGCUGUGCGCUCGGGCUCGGGACCUGCUGACUGAAUGCCGCAUGGAAGUUAAAGAGGCUGCGCUGUGACACCUCGUAGGCAGAAUUACAGCCACCCAUCAUCGAGGACAAAACACCUCACACAAAGACGCUUUACAGACUUACCAAAAAAAAAAUAAAAAAAUGAAAGUGCAAGUGUGGCUACCUGUGACAAUAGUCGCGAUUGUCGCUUUGCUCGCACUCACGAAAAUACGGAAAAAGGAGCAGGACAAACAAGACAGACGGAACAGGUUUCAGGAUAUCAAGUUGCGGGUGACCCACGACGUGCUGGGAGAGAACCAGAACGAGAAGGCGGAGACGCAAAGCCGGCUGGAUAAGACCCAAAGUGACCACAAAGCGCUGGAGGAAGAAGUGAACAUGCACCAGACCAAAGCAGAUAAGGCGAAGGGUGAUCUGGACAUCUGCCAGGGAGGCCAGAAAUCUGCAAGAGAUGAGCUGGCAUCAUCAGAGACAGAAUUCAGUCAUCUACAAGCUGAAAUCAAUAAGGAGGCAGCCAGCUGGAAAACAGAAGUGGAAACACUGAAACAGCAACUUGAAGCACGGAGCGCAGUGUGUGACUUUUUGAAAAAAGAAUCACAAGCAGCAAGCAAUUUGUGUGGUGAUGAAGUGAAUGUGGAGGCACCUAAACAAGAGCAACCAAAGGCAGAGGCCCCAGAUCAAGAAGAGCCAAAGGCAGAGGCCCCUGAUCAAGAAGAGCCAAAGGCAGAGGCUCCUAAACAAGAAGAGCCAAAGGCAGAGGCUCCUAAACAAGAAGAGCCAAAGGCAGAGGCUCCUAAACAAGAAGAGCCAAAGGCAGAGGCUCCUAAACAAGAAGAGCCAAAGGCAGAGGCCCCUAAGAAGAGAUGAGGCCUGUGUUGUACAUCCCCUUUGCAACACGUCAUCUACUAAAGAAAUAAAAUUUCUGAUACGUAGCAACCAGAUUCCAUCACGUAGCUUUAGUGGGUCGAUGUCUAGUGUGAUAUAGUGAAGAGACUUAAGUAGGACUAUACUUACUUAAUAUUUGUUUUCAACCUGUUACAUAUUUUUAUGCAACAAAUUUAAGAAGAAUGAAGAUACAUUUUGGAGUAGGGCACGUGUUUUUGUUUUGUGUGUGUGUGUGUGUGUGGGGGGGGGUGCUUUGUAACAAACAGAUAUUUUGUGGUGGGUAGGUUCAAGAGAAAUCACUGACUAAAUGGAGUAGAGAUGUGAUGUAGGGGGACCCACAGGUUUCCACUGUAAAUUAACCUGAAGGAGGAAAACUUCACAGCUUCUCCUCUGCCACCUGCUCGGCUUCAUGUUGUCCGUCACCCAAUCACUCCCUCAACAGCAACAAUGCCUGUCUGUCAUAAUUCAGUUUGGAUUUAUGGCACAAAGAAAAUAAAUGAACUGACUUUUUUAAAAAAAAAAAAAAAAAGAAAGAUUAUAUGUAUACAGUAUCUUGUCAAUAAUGGACUCACUUUCAGUUUAAGUUGA